AUGUCUGUGACUGUAGAAAACGUUACGGAAGUUCUCAAUGCCGUUAGAGUAUACUUUGACGGUGAUCUUGACUGGGCUGUUGGCAUUGAUGCCUUAUCAGUUUGGCUAGAGACUCAAAACAUUACAAUACUUGGUAAAGAACUUAUAAAGUUAUUGAAAGAAUACGCAGACGAAUUCGAAGUUAGCACCGGAGGGGUUAGGCUAAAAAAAGUGGUAGCGCGUUCAACUAAAGCGACUUCAGCUGGGAGUGGUUCUUAUAUUAAAGAUAUGAUAGAACUUCAGCGAGGUGAAUUUCUUAUCAACGAUGUCAACAAUUCUAUCAUACAGGAAGAUGCGUCAGCUUUUGUAAAUGAAGAUUUUUCAGCAAGAGAGGAUUUUUUAGAGGAUUCUUCAGUAAAGGAUGAUUCGUCAGUAAAGGAUGAUUCUUCAGAAAAUACUCCUAAUCUUAAACAUGCGUCAUUACCUACUUCUACAUCACCUUUUCAACCGGUCACAAUUGAGGAUGAGUUAAUUGGACAACAAACUGCUUCACAAAAUGCAAAGAGUAAAGCUUUAGAUUGUGCAUGUAAAUAUCUUAAUUUAUGUUCAGUUGAUUCAAUUUAUGAAUUAGAGAAACAUAUGAAAUUAUUGGGUGUGAUAAAUAAUUCCGAAUUUCAAGAUUUUUUACGUGAAAAUGAAGGUGCCUUUCAGAUAUUUUCUGAACGAGGUAUUACAUGCAUUUCACUUUCAAAUCAAUCGACGAAACCUACGGAAACCAUGUUAAAACGACGAAUUGCUCAUACUGAACGAUUGAUAAAUGAAUAUCUUACUAGACAUAGUGGAAAUGAAGGUGUAACUAGUACAGAGUUGAAUAUAUACUUAAGAGGAACGCAAGAAUCCAUCACCGAUGAACUUGUAGAAUUUAUCAAAAGCUGUCAAGAUUCAUUUGAAUGUAUCUCCAAAGAUGAUAUGUAUUAUAUAAAAUUGAUACCCCAGUCACAAAAAUCACCUAACACUUAUCGUAAUAAACACAAUUCUCCAAAGACUCCUACUAUUCAAUUAAUUCGUGAAUUUUUAGUGAAACAAAUAAUCGCUUCUCUUUCGGAUAUUAGGGAGUAUUUGAGAGAACGUUCCGCAUUACCAAAUAUAAAUUUAGGCGAAUUUGUAAAUUCACACACUUCUGAGUUCAAAUUUAAGAGACUUCACGGAGAACUCUAUAUUCGUCUCAAACCGACUGAUGCUAAUAUUGUUUCUUAUAUACGUAAAUUCUUACUGGAACAUGGUAAAGUCAGACUUUCUCUUAUAGGCGAUUUUCUGAAACGCCAGGAUAUGUAUCCGCGAAACAACAGAUUGAAAGAAUUUUUACAACCUUUUCCUGAAUUCAAAUUAUCUAUGGAGACUGACGUAUAUAUUCGAUCUCACGAUAUUGAUAUCGCUCGACUUAUUCGUCUAUUUUUGAAAUCAAAAGGUGAUGUACCGAUUUCAAUGAUUAACGAUCAUCUUAACACGAAAAAUAUGCAUCCCCAUGGUAAAUUGGUCGAAUUUUUGGAAAAUUAUUCGGAGUUUAUACUUUUACAAGGUCAAAGUGAAAUUUUGGUUAAAUAUAACUCUGCAUUAAACGAAAUUUCGCCAAAAGAUUUUAUUCGCAAAUAUAUCUUGUUUGAAGGUGGAAAAGUUCCUUUAUAUAAUUUAGUUGCACAAUUAAAUUGGAAUAACACAUUUCCGGAAUUCAAAUUGGUUGAACUCAUAAACAAUAGUAAAGAAUUUGCAUUUCAGAGGUCUGGUAAUGAAGCCCAGCCAUUUGUCACAAUUAAUCAAAACAGAAAACAGUCGAUAAGCUCAUCUGAUAAAUAUGAGGAUAAAAUCGACCUUUCGGAUUCGACGUUAAUUUCUGAAAUAACGCAAACAAAAUCUGCUCGGAUAAUUGAGGAUCGAGGAAAAACAAUAAUAGAUACAAAGCCAGCAGACUCUGAUAAGUCUUUAAAACCAUAUAUACUCUCAUCAGAAUCCGAUAGAUCAAGCUCCGCACAAUCGGAACAUACGUCUUUUAUCAAAACAAAGUUUCAAUUGAUAAGCACUUCUGAGUCCGGGUCAACAACCCCUCAAUCUGAUGUUUUAUCACCAAUUCAUGCUCAAAACGAGAAGAUAUCCAGGUCCGAAACGCCUCUAAUAUUAAAUGAGCAAAUUUCAAAACCAUCACAACCAAGACAUUCAAAACCAAUCAUAACAAAUGAACAUGAUAAUCAGUUGAGAGAUAUUCAAGAAUUAAUUAUUCGCGAUGAUUCUGUAAAUGAAAAACUGAUGUAUCAUAAUCAUUUGUUCCGUCAUUCUUUGUUGGAAAAAAAUAGCACUCUUUUUGAAAAUUAUAUAAGUUUGGGUGUUUUGGAAACAACACCAAAUGAAAUUGUUUAUUUAAAUGGAGAUGAUCCAUUUUCCAUGAUUAUCACAGGUCUUCCUAAUUCUGGUGUGAGUCAAACCAAGAACACCAUACUAGAAGGUUGUUUGAUCAAAAAUACGCGUCUUGGAAAAUUAGAAUCUCCUUAUUCUGCUUUAAUAUUUCGAUUUGACAAUAGCACAAUGGCUUUACCUUGCGAAAGUGCUUUAGUGGCUACGUCAGCUAAGCAUUCUGGAGUUUUUGAUCAAGGCACUCGAGCGAAUAAAGUAGUUGUUUUGGUGACACCUUCCAAUUAUCAAAAUAUGGUAAAGUUGUAUGCGAAUUUUGAUAAUUGUGAAGUUAUUCCUUUAUUAUUUUCUGAAAAAGAUCUAUGUAGGAAUAUUAUAAAAUCAUGGGUAGAUAUCGUGGGAGAUUCUCAAAUUCAUGAACAAGCCAAAGAAUUGGUUGAAGAUAUUUUGUACUUUCAUAUGAACGACAAAUUUAAUUACACUGAAUUUUGUACCCGAUUAUAUGAGGAGUGUGACAACAAUCAAAGGAUGAAGUCUUUUUUCAGCACACGAUUUGGCAAAUUAGAUUCUUUCAUUGUUGACAAAUUGAAAGUUUCUUUACAAAAUAAAAACUUUUUUGAUAAUUUUAUCACAUUAGAAGAAUCGUUUCAAUCAGGUGUUGCAGUCAUUGCUGAUUUGAGCGAUCCUUUACUUGGUGCUAAAAUGGCAUCAGAACUUUUCAACUUUAUUCUUGGAAUUUAUACCCAAAGUAAUUUGAAAUCAAAUUUAAAUAAUGGGACCGAAUCUAAUGUUCGUAAACUUGUGGUUUUGGAUGAGGCUCACAAGUAUCUAGUUCCCAACACGUCAUUGGCCACGACGGUACAUCAUCUUCAAUCAUAUCCACAACAUCACAAGGUGAACUUAAUCUUGACUACAUACGAACCAACCUCAAUUCCCCUUCCUAUUUUACUACAAUCAAACAUGUUAUUACUUCAUCACUUUUCAUCACCUUUAUGGUCACAAUUUCUUACAGAACAUGUUCCUUUUCCGGGAGAUGAGAGUAAUUAUUCUAGUUCUAGUUUACAGAUUUGCGGUAGUAGUCAUGUGGUUAUAUUGAGAAAAAGAAUUACUUCUACAUAA